UGAGUAUAUUGUGUAAAUAACAAAUAAACUUAAGGGUAACAAUUCGAAAUAGUCGAAAGCUAGGGAGGUCUUUCUUGUAUAUAAAACCGUCUCUGCCCACUGAAAUAUCAACUUAGCUCAUAAGCAUAUCUAAUCGGAGCUCGGAGAAAUUUCGGUUGUGAAGAGAAGAAAGAUGGGGAAUUUGUUUUGUUGUGUGCAAGUGGAUCAAUCAACGGUAGCGAUAAAGGAAACAUUCGGGAAAUUCGAAGAUGUUCUUGAGCCUGGUUGCCAUUUUCUUCCAUGGUGUCUUGGUAGUCAAGUUGCUGGUUACCUCUCUCUAAGGGUUCAGCAAUUGGACGUUCGUUGCGAGACAAAGACUAAGGACAAUGUGUUUGUUAAUGUUGUUGCAUCGAUUCAGUACCGUGCUUUAGCUAAUAAGGCAAAUGAUGCGUACUACAAGCUCAGUAACACAAGGGGUCAGAUUCAAGCUUAUGUGUUUGAUGUUAUUAGAGCGAGUGUCCCGAAGUUGCUUCUUGAUGAUGUCUUUGAGCAGAAGAAUGAUAUUGCGAAAGCUGUUGAAGAGGAGCUCGAGAAGGCAAUGUCGGCUUACGGUUAUGAGAUUGUGCAAACUCUCAUUGUUGAUAUCGAGCCUGAUGAACAUGUCAAACGGGCCAUGAACGAAAUCAACGCUGCUGCAAGGAUGAGAUUGGCUGCAAACGAAAAGGCAGAGGCAGAGAAAAUCCUACAGAUUAAGAGAGCUGAAGGUGAAGCUGAGUCCAAGUACCUCUCUGGUCUUGGUAUCGCCCGUCAGAGGCAGGCGAUUGUCGAUGGAUUACGCGACAGUGUUUUGGGUUUCGCUGUGAAUGUCCCUGGGACAACUGCUAAAGAUGUGAUGGACAUGGUGCUAGUUACACAGUACUUUGACACAAUGAAGGAGAUUGGUGCUAGCUCCAAGUCGUCUGCCGUGUUCAUACCUCAUGGACCAGGAGCGGUUCGUGAUGUGGCUUCUCAGAUUAGAGAUGGCCUUCUUCAAGGCUCGUCCGCAAACCUGUGAAGUGAAUUCACUGAUUAUGUCCUCUUUUCUUUUGACUAUGGUGUGAUUAUCAUCUUCUUCUUUCUUUUGGAUUAUGUUCGAACUCUUUUGUUUUGGUUUUCUUAUUUCUAUUUGUAUAGACUUAUUGGGGGUUUAUAAUUCAUAUAGAAUAUUAAAACGUGUUUAGUACUAAUUAUUAUUGUACACGAAUUAUGGUGGUGAUAAUCAAACUUGUGAACCUUAAUUUAGAAGAUUACAAGCACAGACUGAAAUAUUUCAUGCUCUGUUAUGUCAAAUGAAUAGUGAAAUGACAGAUUAAUAAUAG